AAAUCCAUGGGAUAAGAAAAGAUGGCAUCUAAAAUAAAUACCAGUUUCACUUUGAUACCCAACCAGAAAUGUAAACGUACUAACCAUCAAUCCAGCUAUUUUUGCAACACCCUUGAUUCAGAUCCUCAACUCUUAUCUACGCUUGGAAACUUUAAAGUCUUACCAUUGGAAAUAUUCCACAUAAUUUUAAGAUAUUUGUCAGUGAAGGAUAUUGGCAUGUUAAGCAUGGUGUCCAAAACAGUCAGCCAGCACAUAAUUAAUUAUAUCUCAACCUCAUCUGGAAGUAGAAGACUUUUAAUACAGAAUUUUCAUGACCUUGAUCUGUCUGGCACAAAAGAAGAGAGUUGCCUACUGGAGUACUACAGAGCUCUAGGUCUACUAUUUAAAAGAUGUACCUUGCUGCUUCCCACCAAGGACAGACUAAAGUACAUUCACAAGAUCCUCUCAGAAGUUUCCUGUUUUAAAUUCAGCAGCUGUUCUGCUCCUUUGCAAUGUUUAGGAUUACCAUGUUAUGGCAUGUUUUUACAGACUUUAACAGCAGGUUGGGAUGAACUCGAAUGCCACCGUGUUUAUAACUUCUUAUGUGAAUUGACUAAUCUCUCCCGUAAGAUGCAGACUGUUGUCUGUAACAAACCAGGAAGUGCCCGAAAACUAGAGUUAAGGAUUAGACUGUUCUGUAGGAAUGUCCUACUUGAUCACUGGACACAACGAAGUGAUUCUGCAUUUUGGUUGACUAGAAUAUUAAAACCAUGGCCAAUGGUAAAUCAGGCAAGAUUGCUCUAUAUUAUCUUUGGACCAACAUCUCCUCAAGAUGGGCAGGUAAUUUGGCAGGAAAUGGUGGAAGGACCCACAGAUGAAUCUAGUCUGAAAGGUUUGGCUAAUGCCAUUAAGUUACUGUAUGACACAGGUACCAAAGAGUGGACAGCAGAUGAUGUUAUCAGCCUUGUAGAUGAACUAUCAGUGGUUCCCAGGGAGUGGCUUCUGGAAAAUAAUGCACGCCUCCUAAUCCUAAGUGGGAACAACAUCUGCUUCACUUUCAUGGCUAGUAAAGCUGUGAACGGACGGGCCAUUGAGCUAGCAAGACUCAUAGUCUUUUUGGCUUUGGUGUGUGAGAAAGAGCUGUACUGCAUGGACUGGACAGUUAGAAUGAUGCAAAAAGUCUGCAAGGUCUUCAGCGCUGCAGCAGAGAGAAAGAGCUUCUUGCAGAGUGUGGCAAAUGCCUUUGCCUGUGUCACCAUGGAAAUGCUGCAGCCUAUUAUGUCUGGAGAGCGAGAUGAUGAUGACAGAGGCUUCCUGAAUUUGUUCCAUCUUCUGCAUGCUCAGGCAAACUUCCAUAAGGAGGUGCUAUAUUUGACCAUGAAUGCCUCCUCUUCCUAAGUCAAGAAGCUUGUCACUUAAAGAAUAUGUCACCAGACUAGCACUUAGGAUAGUGAUGCUUUUUCACAUCCAAGGGUAGCACCUGUUGGACUUUUGAUAAUCUAAUUAUCCAGAAACUCUAGCUGCACAGGAUUUUAGCU